AUGGAAUCAACUUUUCUAAGUCUCUCCUCCAAGCAAGCGGCUGGGUACGCAGACGCUCGAAAAAGCUAUCCCCGCGCAUUCAUCAACUUCAUUGUAGAUCAUCAUCGAGCGAUUGGUGGUAAGACUGAGGUGCUCCUCGACGUUGGUUGUGGCCCAGGAAAUUCUACUCGCGCUUUUGCGCCGCAUUUCGACCAUGUCUAUGGUGUGGAUCCUGGAGACGCCAUGAUCAAGACAGCGAUUAAUAUGGGUGGUCAAUCAGUUUCUGAGGCUCCGAUAUCCUAUCAUAUAUGUAGAGCAGAGGAGGUUGAUAAACUAAAUGAGCCCGCACAAGGCGCGGUGGAUAUGAUUAAUGUGACUUCAGCUGCUCAUUGGUUUGAUAUGCCUAAAUUCUGGACAGCCGCUGCGAAGGCGUUGAAACCAGGUGGUACAGUUUCGCUAUGGAAUACUAUUCCCACACAUACAGACCUUAGGAAUCCAAAUCAUGAAAAGGUCAAGGAGAUCAUGGACCAUUUUUCAAACGCGGUGUUAGGACCGUAUGUCACACCAGGGAAUGCACUGGCUCGCAGUGGUUACGCCAAUCUUAAUAUGCCUUGGGAUCAAGCGGAAACGGCCGACCUUUUCGAAAAGGAAACGCUCCUGCGGAAGAGAUGGCAUGCUGACGACGAAAGAGCUAAGGCUAUGGGCUUUUUCAGUGGCCUCACCCGACAAGAGUGGCUACUCAAGGACGUGAAAGCUAUUUGGGGGAGUAUGAGCCCAGUAAUUCGAUGGAGGGAAGCUCAUCCGGAAUUGGCUGAUACAGAUCAAGACUGUGUCGAAGUGGUCAUGAAGCAAUUAUGUGAGACGAUUGGAACGCCGAAUGGAUUGGAAGAUGGCACUACUAUGUAUGGAGGCGUCUCGAUUGUGCUCCUAUGUAUUAAACGGGCUGCGUAAGAAAAGGAGAUAGACAAGUUCAGUAAUAUGCUAUCUAAUAGGCUGAUUCCUUUGUUACGAUAAUAAGAAGUUUAGGUUUGUGUAUAAUUCUAGAAUAAUAAGAUCAUCUGUG